UUCGGUACAUUUUAUCUUUUAAUGGUUGAUAAAAGUUCUUUUGUUUAAAUAUAUUCGUUUGCAUAACAUUUUGUCACUGGGUACAUACAGUACACUUGUCUGUGUUUGCGCAGUGCCGGUUUGUGGUCUACCAGUGUUCACCUUUGUUACUAACAUUCAGCCAUGUUGCUGCUUCUCACGUGGGUGGUAGUGAUCAUCACCGCCGUAGUGUUGUACCUGCGCCAAACCUACAGCUACCUACGCCGCGAUGGCAUCAACCAUCUGCCGACUGUCCCGUUCUUCGGCAACCUCUUCUGGGUUAUGUUCCAGAAGGAACACUUCGUUGAUCUCAUAGCGAAGGUUACCAAUGCCUUCCCUGAUGACAAGAUAGUUGGUAACUACGACAUGAUGACUCCGAUACUGAUCAUCCGAGACCUGGAGAUGUUGAAGCGUGUCACAGUGAAGGAUUUCGAGCACUUCAUAGACCGGCGCAGCUUCACCUCCGAGUUGGAUCCUAUGUUCGGGAGAGGUCUACUGCUGCUGCAUGGAGAUGAAUGGAAGGCGAUGCGGUCUACAAUGAGCCCAGCCUUCACCAGCUCCAAGAUACGGCUGAUGGUGCCAUUUAUGGAGGAGGUUUGCUUGGACAUGAUCAAAGUACUCAAACAGAGGAUCAAGGAUUCUGGAACUUCUUACUACGACAUGGAGUGUAAAGAAGUGAUGACGAGGUACGCGAAUGACGUCAUCGCCUCAUGUGCCUUCGGUCUGAAGGUGGAGUCCCUGACGGCAGACAGCGAGUUCUACGUGAACAGCAAGGCCAUCACCAAGUUUACUUUCUGGAGGUUCAUGAAGGUCAUGUUCUACAGGCUGUUCCCUUCCGUGGCCGGGAUGAUGCAACUGUCGCUGGUGCCAAAGGAGACAACAGACUACUUCACGAAUGUAGUCCUCGGUACAAUGAAGAACAGGGAGCAGAACAAGAUUGUCAGGAACGAUAUGAUCAACAUCCUCAUGGAAGUCAAGAAAGGACAACUCACUCAUGAGAAGGAAGGUAAGGACGCUGACGCUGGCUUUGCAACUGUUGAAGAGUCACAUAUCGGGAAGAAACCACAUAAUUAUGAGUGGACCGACACAGACCUGGUAGCGCAGGCAGCGUUGUUCCUGUUCGCUGGCUUUGACACGAUAUCCACGGCGAUGUCGUUCAUCCUGUACGAGCUGGCGCUGAACCAGGACGUGCAGGAGCGGCUGGUGCGGGAGAUCAGGGAGUACGACGCCAAGAACAACGGGAAGCUUGACUACAACAGUAUACAGAACAUGACUUAUUUGGAUAUGGUCGUGUCAGGUAAGAUGGUGUUUUUGAUCAGAGUUCAUAGUUUUACGUAA